CAAGGUUACGCUACCGGACUGGUAUAAAGGCAGGCCGGUCCGCCGUUCACAGUAUCAGUCGCCAAAGACCCAAUCUGCAAACAUGAAGUUCUUCGUCGUUGCUGCCCUGGUGGCCGUGGCUGCCGCCGCCCCCUCCACCCCCUACAGCCCCCGGCCGGCCUACCACCCGGCCCCGGCCUACCACCAGCCGUCCUACAAGGAGCCCGCUCAGCCGUACCAGUUCGACUACGCCGUCAACGACCACUACUCGGGCGCCGUCUUCUCGCAGAACGAGAACAGCGACGCCAAGAACGUCAACGGCUACUACUCGGUCAACCUGCCCGACGGCCGUGUGCAGACGGUCAAGUACGUGGCUGACCAGCAGGGCUACGGAGGCUACAACGCCGAGGUGACCUACGAGGGCGAGCCCCGCUACGACGAGUACAAGCCCAGCUACAAGCCCAGCUACAAGCCCGCUUCGUACGCCGCUCCGUCCUACCAGCCCGCCUACAAGCCCGCUUACAAGCCCGCCUACAAGCCCGCCUACCAGCCCGCCUACAAGCCGGCCUACAACUAAAUGCUUUAAAACGUUUCUUUAUUUAUAUCAUUUGUGAUAUCAUCUGCUUACUGUCCGUCAUGUGUAAAUAGUUGUGAGUACAAAAAGAAUACAUACAUUUUGGUGCACUUA